UCAAUCCCUUGUCCUCUCAGCCUUACAUCUACUUCCGGUCAAUUUCCGGUCACUAAAGUGAGGCGUAACGAUGUCGCGGCCACCGCCUGUUAAGAUGCUGUGCAGCCUAGUGAUGUGCCAACGCUAUUCAAUGUUAGAGUCCUAUCCAUGGCAUAUGAGCUGAACGGCUCCCAUCAUGAGCUAUAUCGCCCCCACAACCCAUGGGAGAGGUUCACGCAGCGACACGAUGAGAACCACCUUCCAGAGGACCGGUUUCGACUUGUUCCACCCCCACACAACGUUUCGACCUCAGCGGUCAUUGACGCACUCUUGACUCACGAUCAAGUCAGCAGCCCGGACCAGCCCAUCCCUCGGAGACGUCAGCUCCUCAGAGACUUCCUCAGUGAAGCUGUUAGCGGGAGAGGGUUAAACUGUCAUGUUGACGAGGACAUUGUCAAGUCAAGCUCCAGCAGAGACAUCGCUCUACUCGACGACCGUCAAAAGCACGAGGGCUGCGCGAAACCAAUCGGGAAGCAAUGCGACGACUGCCAGAUAUACUCUAACAAUGUCACCAUUCCGAAUCUAUAUUUAAGGCUGAAAGAAGAGCGAAUCGCUCUCAAAGCGGAGAAACGAAUAAUUUUCAUUCCAAAUCUGACCUCUGCGGGCGCACUUGCGUUGGCUGCAACCACCGCUAGACGAUCUGCGACACCGGUACGAGACUUCAUUCAUAGAUACCUCGGACGGGAGCACACCUUUUCGGUAUCCGUGACCUGGGGUUUCUUCCUCGAAUUCCAUAUCCCAUACCACGCGUUGCGCCCCGGACCUCCAUCAAAGGACCAUCGAUACAACCGUGGAAGGCGGCUGAGGAAGUCCGAUCCGCUGCCGCUUCAGUUGGAGUCGGGAGAUAAAGAAGAGCUCUACUAUCAUGAGGCCCAAACCUCGUCUCUUUCCUGGGGUCCAGAUGAAUGGUUCUGGACGGAAUUAUUUCUCGUAGACACUUAUUUUGGUUCCGAACGCAAUCACCCAACGUAUCUCACAGGAUCCCCGGCUGGUAAUGGAUAUGACCCUCCGUUGGGUGGCCGGGAAAGAUUGGAUAACCCUUGUUUUGAUCCUAGGCAAUAUUGGCUGCUGAAACUGGACCGACGGGUGCUUCAGGUGACUGAGGAGUAUACUGCGCUUAUCGAAACCUUUAAUCAGCGGAUGGAGGAAUACGCACGAAAGAUCAGACGUAAGACCGAAGACGAUUCCAGGAGGACGCACACGCAAACCAUUAGUAACGUCAUCGAAACCAUUCAGAUCUUUGUCGACUGCAUCAGUGGCAUCAUAGAGACAUGGGAAACUUUCCGCCGCAAUCAAAUCUCGUACUUCACCAUCCACGCUCGAGAUAAGCGGGGCUUCGCGGACCGCAUCGACAGAAUAAUUCGGAACAUGUCCGAAUUGGAUCGACUGCGGAGACUUCUCCUGACGAAGAGAGAGCGAUUUAGGUCAAAACUGGGCAGCCUCCACACGGUCUCGAGUCUCAAGCAAGCCGAAACAGCGAUUGUUCAGGGCGAGAACAUUAAGACACUCACAGAAAUGACAGUGUACAUCGCCUUCCCUUUACUAUUCACGGCCGCUAUCUUCAGUAUGGACUUUGUGCGACCAGAGAAGCUGCCCUGGCUAGUAUUCUUCGCACUACUGCUUGUCACAUCCUUGGUUAAUUACAUGAUCGCCUCUCGCCGCAGUCCGUAUAGAGUAUGGCGCAACUGUAAAGAGUGGGUUGAGGAGAAGCGCGGAAACUCGGCAUAUAGUAGCUAUUAUAGACAGUUUUGACUGGGAACAUCCGGUCAUCU